AUGGUGGCGACCCGGAGGCCGGCCCUGCUCGCAUGCGCUGCGGCCGCGUGCCUGAUCCUCGUCGUCGUCGCCCCCGGCGCUGCGGCGGAUACCCAGCAGUUCCAGAUCUUCCCAGCCCUGCGGAACGCGUUCUUUUCCAGCUAUGUAGCGGCCAGGUCGUCGCCCGCGCCCAAAGCGCAGGCCGGCAGCACCGCGGCUGCGUCCGCUGGGGGCGAGAAGGGCUGCGUGAAGGUGGAGACGCGCGACCUGACCAAGGCGGAGGGGCAGUCCACCUUCCUCAAGUUCUUCGGGAACGAGCCCCACCACGUCGGUGUGUCUGGGGACGUGCUAGCGGCGGGCGGGCUGUUCUCGUUCAAGAGCGGCGAGAUCUUUACCGGCGGCGCGAAGAAGGCGGCGGCGACGCCGGACAUCUACCUGUUCAACAUCUCAAAGGCCAACGCGGCGUCGCCCAAGUACAUCGACAGCGUCUUUGGCAAGAAGGGCGCCGUCACCGACUCCUUCCUGCCCUUCGGCACCGAGAACGGCCAGCCCAAGUUCCUCGCGUCCUUCAUGGGGGACCGCAAGGGCCUGUCGCCGGGCAAGCUGGCCGAGGUUGCGUACGUGAACGAGAGGGACAAGUGGGAGGUGGUGGCGGAGCACGAGGGCGGCGUCGAUGGCGCCGCGGACCCCUCGUUCACACCCCACGGAUUCGACCGCAACGGCCCCAACGGCAGCCUCAUUGUCACCGCUGAUUACGUGACCGCCGACACUGUCUUUGCCCCUAGCAAGGCGUUCAAGUGGGGCACGACCGUGCGCGUGUGGAACCUGACCACCAAGCAGGUAAUUGCCAGGUGGGACCUGGCCACCCUGCCCGGCAUCAAGGAGACGCCCCAGGGCCUCAUGAGCGUCCGCUGGACGGGCGGCUGCGGCAGCGACCUUGGCUGUAAGGUCCUGCGCACCACAGGCGGCUGCGGCAGCUACCUUGGCUGGAAGAACGACACCUUCUGGUUUUCUUCGGGCACCGGCCACCUGUACCUGAUCGACGCCUCGAAGCGCGCCGCGGACGGCAUCGAGUCGGCCAUCAAGGAGGUGUACACGCUCGCGCCCGAGCCCGUGUACGGCUCCUGCGUGUUCAGCGGACGCUUCGCCAACAACACGCGCCUGCUGGUGACGUCACUGGCCCUGAACGAGGUCCGCCUGGUGGACACCACCGACCCCACCAGCAUCAAGACCAUCCAGAUCUACGAGCUGCCCAAGGGGGCCAGCGGCACCCCCCAGCCCCAUGUGGUCGUGAUUGACGCCAACGCCACGCUGGCAGCAGUCACCACAUACUACGUGGAGCAGCCCACCGGGAAGGGGCUGUGGACCAAGCAGGCCAGCAAGGAGCUGCUGCUGUUCUCCAUCGCGGCCGACAAGAACUCCUUCGCCCCCAUCAAGACCGUCAACUUCAACGACGCCUUUGAGAAGGCCACCUGCGGCAUCAGUGCCGCGCGUGGCCGCUUCGCGCGCCCCCACGGCGCCGUAUUUGUGUCGAAGUGA